AUGGCAAAGGUUAUUUUCACGGCUUGGAAAACCAAGUCUCAGUUGCUGGAGGUGCGGAACGAGUUUUAUCCUCCGUCUGCGUACGCUGGACCGGAUUUGCGUUCCCAUGGCUGUGCAGUGGUCGAAGCUUGGAAGCUACGCGGCAAUGUACCGCACCAUGUUGAGGCUACAGCAUUGUUGACAGAUGCUAUUCUCCAUGAUGAUGCGCAAAGGAAUUCUAUCUUCUCAAUUCGUGCUACAUAUUCUGCAGCUUUUUGUCGCUUCGUAACGGGUCUUGUGGACACUAAGAUCCACGGCGUACGCCGAACAAUGUUCCAACGCGCCACAGACCUCGGCCUCCCAGCCUCCUUCGUGGAACUCCGCCACGAAGCAACCCACCGCGAGCCACCAUCGCUCGUUGUACUGCGUAAAGCUGCACAGCGGUCGCUCGAGUGGCUGUGGGACAAUUACUGGGCCGGUGUUGCUGACGACUCCGGUGCCUCUGUAUUGGCCCAUGACGACGGUGCGUCUGUCAGGGCCGCCUUGUGCGACGCUCUGCAGCCUCUAUCCGGUGGAUCGGCGGAUGUUCCCAAGAAGCGGAAGCGGGAUCAGGCUGUUUCGGUCGCUAUGCGGCUUGUCUCGGUUUGUAACGUCUCGGGGACGGCGGUCAGACUUUUGUCAUCUGUCUUGCUCGAGCGCGGAUUCUUGGUGCCUACUGGGCGGGAAGUUGGAGAUUCGCUGAAUGAUACAUUCAAAGAGUGGAACCCGGUUCUGCAAAGGGUUGCAGAGACCCAUCCUGCUUUUUUGAGGCAUUUGACUGAAGAUCUGGUCAAUGACCUAGCCUUUAAGAACACAACAGAUAUUUCGGAAGAUGCGCCUUCCGAGGCAUUGUAUCUGUGGAUCGCACAUAUCUUGACAUCUCCUUCCUGGGAGUUCCACAGACAAUCAUGCCCACAGAGCUAUGUCCUCCGAGCUUGCGAUGAAAGUCCACACCACUGGACAAAGAUGUUAGGAGAUCAUUUAAGGAAGCAUGCUGCCAAGCCCAAAUCAGUUCUUGCCGCUCGACCCGCUCCCAAAAACCGAGUCUCGAAGUACAAACACGUUAGAAAUGACUCGCAAUACGCUCCAACUCAGCUCUCGGAUAAGUUGCUGCAACAUGGGUGGGGAUUUCUAGAGAAAUGGGACAGUCGGCCAUUGGGCGUGAUCAAUUCUAAAGGGACGGGAAAGGGCAACAACUAUGCCUACCUCGUGACAGACGAAUCGACCAAGAAGUCGGUUAUUAUUGAUCCCGCCAAUCCUCCGGAGGUCGCUCCGGAACUCAAGUCUCAGAUUGAUUCUGGCAAGAUUGACCUGACGGCUAUUGUUAACACUCACCACCACUGGGAUCAUGCUGGCGGUAAUAACGACAUUUUGAAACAAUUCAAGGGCCUUCAGGUCAUUGGUGGCAAGGACUGCGCCUCUGUCACGAAGACCCCCGCGCAUGGCGAAGAAUUCAAGAUUGGAGAUCGUAUCUCAGUGAAGGCAUUGCAUACUCCCUGUCACACACAAGAUAGCGUCUGCUACUAUAUGCAAGACGGAGACCAGCGUGUUGUUUUCACCGGCGAUACUCUCUUCAUUGGUGGAUGUGGCCGAUUCUUCGAAGGAAAUGCGAAGGAGAUGCACAAGGCCUUGAACGAAACCCUCGCGGCUCUGCCUGAUGACACCAAGGUUUAUCCCGGUCAUGAGUAUACCAAGGCCAAUGUCAAGUUCUGCAUUUCAGUCUCGCAGUCAGAGCCCAUCAAGAAGCUCCAGGCAUUUGCGGAAAAGAACCAGCAGACACAAGGGAAAUUCACCAUCGGUGAUGAGAAGCGCCACAAUGUGUUCAUGCGCGUCAACGACCCCGAGAUCCAAAUGGUAACUGGUAAGACUGACCCUGUGGACGUGAUGGCAGCAUUGCGAGAGAUGAAGAAUGCGAUGUAA